AUGUCGUGGGGCAACAACUUUGGUUGUAGCUUCCUGGAGAUUCAGUGUGCAGGCAUUAUUAAUGCUGCAUAUUUCAGGAUGUUUUGUGAUGCUGCUGACAAAUUGAUGCACUGUGCAUCGGAUCGUCAGGCGCUCGGGAAAUGCAUUCGUAAUGUUGGGAACGGCGCAGCGAAACCAUCAGAGUGGUGUGCAGUUCCCCUUCCUUUGAUAGGCUAUGACGGCAACUAUGACGGUUGUUGCACAUGUACACUGAAGGGAUCGGAUGCCUUCCAUGGACCAUUGUCUGGCAAAAUAACUCGUGGUGCCUGGAUCUGGAAUCACUCGAGGCUUGUGCCAAGAAGGGUGGAUCAUGGUAAACCGGUGUCAACGCGGUGUGUGCGCCGGUGUUGUGUGGCUUCAAUGAAGUACUGGUGA